AUGGAUUCUGAAUUAAAAAUAAUAUCACCAAUAAAUAGUGCAACAAAUGCAUUAAUUACAUCACCGUCUGUAGAUACAGUUAUACAUCAAUUAUUUGAUCAAUAUAUAGAAAUACAUCCAAAAAAUAAUCAAUAUGUAUUAAAAUCUUCCUCCUCCUCAUCAUCAUCAUCGGCAGAUAAUGAAGAAAAUGGAGAAGAAAAAUUAAGAAUUAAAUCAUGGUUUAAUUUAAGAACUAUGCCAAUAAUUGGUAGAUUUUUACCAGAAAUUGAUGAAAAAACUAAAAUUGUAAAUGAAUUAUUAGAAUUUCAAAAAUCAACAAGAAAUUAUAAAGAUUGGGUUGAAUGUUCUUUAAAAUUAGAUGAAUUAUUAGGUAAUAAUACUUGGAAAAGUGAUCCACAAUCGGAUAUUUAUGAUUAUAAUUUAAUUUAUAAUCAUUUAACUUUAAUGAAAAAUGCAAGAUUAAAUAAUAAUUUUAAAUUAUUAUUAUAUUAUAUUAGAACAAAUUGGGUUAGAAAUUUAGGUAAUAUGGGAGAUUCAAAUUUAUAUAGACAUUCAUAUGUUGGAACAAAAAAAUUAAUAGAAGAAUAUUUGGUGGAAUGUCAAUUAUCUUUAAAUUACUUGGUGGAGAAUAAUAAUGAAGACCCCAAAAAUAGAUUAAAUGAUAGAUAUUUAUUAGGAAUGUUAAUACAAACAAGAAAAAAUAUUGGUAGAACUGCUUUAGUUUUAAGUGGUGGUAGUACUUUUGGAAUUUUUCAUAUUGGUGUUUUAGCAACUUUAUUUGAAGCAAAUUUAUUACCAAGAAUUAUAAGUGGAUCAUCAGCUGGUUCUAUUGUUGCAAGUAUAUUAUGUUGUCAUACAAAUGAAGAAACUAUAGAAUUAUUAAAAACUAUAGCUCAAAGAAAUUUUAAUAUUUUUGAUAUAACUGAAAGAGAUUCUAAUGAAAAUGGUUCAAAAACUGGUUUUAAAAGUAUUUUGAUGUAUUUAGGUCAUUUAAUUAAAUAUGGAACUAUAUUUGAUAUUGAAGGUUUACAAGAAACAAUGAUUGGAUUUUUAGGUGAUUUAACUUUUAGAGAAGCUUAUAAUAGAACUGGUAAAAUUUUAAAUAUUACAGUAUCACCAGCAUCAUUACAUGAACAAACAAGAUUAUUAAAUUAUAUAACUGCACCAAAUUGUUUAAUUUGGUCAGCUGUUUGUGCAAGUAGUUCAUUACCAGGAGUUUUUCCAUCAAGUUCAGUAUAUGAAAAAAAUACAAAAACUAAUGAAAUUCAUGAAUGGAAUAAUGAUGAAUCAAUGAAAUUUGUUGAUGGUUCAGUAGAUAAUGAUUUACCAAUAACAAGAUUAUCUGAAAUGUUUAAUGUUGAUCAUAUAAUUGCUGUUCAAGUAAAUCCUCAUGUUGUACCAGUUUUAAAAAUAUCAGUAAGUAAUAUUGGAGGUGAAGUUGAAAAUGAAUUAAGUUAUAAAUUAAAACACCUACUUAAUAAUGUUUAUGAUUUUGUAUCAAGUGAAGCAAUACAUUAUUUACAAUUAAUGAGUGAAUUAGAUAUUUCGAAAAACUUAUCAAAUAAAAUUAUUUCAAUUUUAUCACAAAAUUAUUCUGGAGAUAUAACUAUUUUACCUGAAUAUAAAGUAACAGAUUUUACAAAAUUAUUUGAAAAUCCAAAUCCUGAUUUUUUAUUAGAUUUCAUAUGUCGUGGUGCAAAAGCUUCAUGGCCAAAAAUCUCAAUAAUACAUAAUCAUUGUAGUGUUGAAUUUGCAUUAGAUAAAGCUAUAACUAUUUUAAGAGGUAGAAUUAUAACUUCUUCAAAUAAUAGAAUUACUCAAUCUGGAGAAGAUAGUAGCAUCAAGAGAAGUCAACUGUAUUAUAGACCAAAACAAUUUUUAAAUACUUUAAACACAACUAAUAAUGUAACUGUUAAUUCACCACCACAAAUUGAAAAUUCUCAUAAUACUGCUCCAAAUACUCCUAUAAAGACAUAUCAAAAAAGACCUCAAGGUGUACAACGUCAUAAUACUACUUCAAAUACAACUUCAUCACAUAAACGUGGAAGUAAUAGUAUUAGAUCAAAAAGAAAUUCAAUGAGUGCAACUGAAUCAGAAAGUGUAUCUGUAGAUUUGAAAAAUCAUUUAAGUGGUGCAACAACUCCAAAAAAGGGUAACAUUCCAAAAGGAAUUUCAUCAACUGCAUUAGCACAAAUGAAUAAUUUUUAUGUAGACGAAAAGGGAAGUAGACAAAAGAUUAGAAAAACAAGAAGUUCAGGGAAUUUUGAAAAUAAUCUUGGUGGUGGUCACAACAAAAAUAAUAAAGAUUUAAUAAUAGGAUCAUCAGAAACUUCAAAUUCAAAUACAAAUUCAUCAAAAUCAAUUUCUAAAAAUGAUAAAGCUAAUUUACCUUCUUCAAGAUCAAGAUCUCUAAAAAAUUCAUAUAUUGGAUUAAAUAGAUUAAAUAAUAAUUAUGAUCAACAAGAUCUUAUAACAAAAUUAGAAAAUAUAGAAUCAAAAAAUAAUAAAAAAAAAUCAAUAUUAAAAAAUCUGAAUUUUAAGGCUAAUGGAGAUACUAAUCAAAUUCAAUUUUAUGAUAAUUCUGAAGAUGAUGAAACUGCAGGGAAUUUAUAUUAUGAUUCAACAGAAGAAGAUGAAGAAGAGGAAGAAAAAUCAAGUAGUAAUGAUGAUACAAAAAAAGAUGAUUUAGAAGAACCAAACCUUAAAAAUGAUGAAGUUACAACAGUUACUUUUGAAUCUAUAAAAAUGGAACCUUGUACUAAUAGUUUAGUUGAUGAUAUUAAUGAAUAUCAUGGAAAUUAA